AUGAACUCCCUGUCCAAACGUAUUAGAAAGAUCAAGAAAACCCCUAAGGUGACCACAUUUGAAGAUUCCGAUGAUCCAUAAUAAUUUACAGCUUGCAUAGCAAACCUCAAUUAAAUUGUGGCUGAAGAUCAAUGUUUCUCUAGUUUAACUAUUUUCUAGUCAAAUAAAUUGUAACCAAGGAGUUAUUGGUUAGAUUGUUAGAAUAUUUACGACACAACAAUGUUUAAGUUGUCAUCAAUGCUCUAAAUGCUAUCUAAAAUGUAUUACGUAUUAGUGAUAAUUUUGGUUCUGAAGUUAGAGAUCAAUUCAAAGACUUAGGUUUAUUGGGCAUUUUAUUAUUAUUCCCUGUAUAGGAAAAUACUCUAUCAAGUUUCUUGAGCGUAGCUAUUGAAAUAUUUGAAACAUGGGAUAUAGUAUUAUUAAUGCCACUUUAUUAAAGAAUAUUGCCAAUUUUAGAGAAUUGUCUAUAGAAAGUUUAUAAUGAAGAUAUCAUAUCAGAAACAUUAAAUUUAUUAUAAGUAUUAACUGAAAUACCUUAAUUUAAUUUAAAGAAGAUAGAUAUUGACUAAAUUUUCUAGCAUGAUAUUAUUAAAUAAUUACAUUUUGCCAAUUAAAUGAAAUUGAAAGCAUUAACACUUUAAACAUACUUAAAUAUUGAUAGAUUAGACAAUGAAAUGUUUUAAUUAAUUAAUGAAGUCAUAAGAAUCAAUAUUUUUUAAGAAUUGGAUAAUAUUGAAUCAUUUCUUUAAAAAUAAAUCACAAUGGAGGAAGAAUCUGAAUUUAAAUAAGAUGAAAGAUUACUUAGUACACUUUAAAUUUGGAAAUGUUCAGCUUAAUCAAUUAUAUAAGUAUUGGUUUAUUUAAAUCGAAUUUAUGAAGAAGAUAAUGAUGAUUAAUAUGUGAAUAAUAAGAAAUUCUAAUAAUUCUUCUAAAAAAACAUAAUAGUUGAAUUAGAAGAAUUAGUAGUAAAGAAUUUCUUUAAUUAUUCUGGAGUCAUUCAAAAAAAGUUAUUUACAGAUCAAACUACUUUCACUGAUGAAAUAUUGAGUUUAACAUUAUUAAUUUUCAAGUAAUUAUAUAUUUAAUAAAUUUAAGUCUAGGAAAUAAUUUAUUAGCCAAUCUAUAACCUUUAGUAUGUUUAUAAACAGUAGAACCUAUUCUACCCUAAAUUUAAGCAGCCCUACAAGUUGAUAUUAUUUCAGAUGAAGAUAAAAAAGAACUUGUUUAAUCUGAAUUUUUACUUUUGAUAAAACUUUUAAAAGUGAAUCCACAAUUAGUGUUACAAAUUCCACCAUAAUUUAUAGUUUAAUUGUCUGAAUUAACAGAAACAACAGAAAUAUUAUUUCAUAUUGUAGAAGUCAUGAAAAUAAGAUAUUCAAGUAAAGUAAAGAAUGAUUUGGAAACUAUCCGUAUAGUUACACAAAAAUUACUUAAAUUAAUGAGCCAAUCUAAUAUUUUGUUGGCUGCAUAAGCUUUAGAUUGUCUUUUUGAUGUGUAUACAGAAGAAGACUUCAAUGCUCUUUUAGUGGAAAUGAAGAUUCUUGAACUGUUAUCAUAAGGAUAUUAAUAUUUAUAAUCAUAAUUACCAUAAGAAAAGAAAACUUUAGCAAAAGAUGAUUGGAAAUUCUUAAAGUUAACAGUUACCAAUUUAAAAUAGUUUAUUGAAUACAAAAUAAAUAUCAUUAAAUGA